AUGUCUCUAGAUGCCCUUUUGGACAACUACGAGGGGCGCGUAGUUCCUCGACGGUUUGUCGCCGGCUUCGUCGUGCUUAGCUAUGCUAUUAGUCUCAUUGGCGCGGGUUCGACUCUUGAACUGAUUAACCGCCGAACAGGGUUCAAGGGUAUCUUCAACAACGCUCUGCUCGUCGGUGCUGCUAUCACAAUGGGAGGCGUGUCUAUUUGGUCUAUGCACUUUGUCGGCAAUAAAGCAAUUUACCUCGGAAACGGCGAACCAGAGUUACAGAUCACCUUCUCUACCCUGUUCACCGUUAUCUCCUUCUUCGUCCCGAUCGUUGUACUGCUGAUUGCCUUUAUCACUAUUGGUACCAGUAAUAUUGUCUCAUGGAUCCGAGUCUCGCUUGGUGGUUUCCUUUGUGGCUCCGCUAUAUGCGGUAUGCAUUAUCUCGGUAAUGCUUCAAUCGAGAACUAUCACUGCAGCUAUAAGAUAGGAUAUAUUGCUGGGUCGGCGAUUAUUGCCAUCGCGGCGAGCAUCAUUGCCCUCUCGGCUUUCUUUGUCUUCCGGUCUGCCUGGGCUAAUUCAUGGUGGAAGAGGCUCCUCUCAGCGCUGCUGCUUGCAGGUGCUGUCUCUGGCAUGCAUUGGUGUGCGGCAUUUGGCACAGAAUAUACUCUGAUCUCCAUUAAGUCUGGCGGUGGUGGUGAGAUGUCACAGGAUGCGACCGCGAUUGUUGUUAUUUGCCUGGCUGUCGGGGCGUGUCUUAUCAUUGCUGGUCUAGCAAUCUUCACAACAAGGAAAAUGAACCAGUCCGCCCGUCGAGCGCAAAAGAUUACCCUUGGUGCUGCCGUCUUUAACAAACAGGGUAUGAUCCUGGUUGAUGCAGACGGCCUUAUCCCUAGUACUAUUAUCACGGACUCAUUUAUGCCGACGAGUGACAAGCAGCCUUUAACCGUCGCACACCCUUACUUCUUGUGGAUGUUCCAGGUCACGAGAAACUGGACCAGCCUGUCUCGUCUUAUGAAGCAAUUUGCCGCCCAGAAAGAACUCAGAAUGAUUAACAAUGAAUCACCGACAGAAGAAGAUGGCAUCCUAUUUCGAAGCAAAUUCUGUCUUGCUGCUAUGAGACUCGCCGAACGUCUGCGCGGUGACCUUUCGUCCGCUGGUAUCCUCUGGGACGAUAUCCUACCAACCGGGCGUCCAAUGCCUUCUACCCUGCCAUUAGAGUCAUUUAACGAACCGGCGAGCCUCAUAUCAACCAGGCUUAGACGAACCGUACAUGAAAAAGAGGCGGCAUUUGAACAGCAGGUGGGACAAGGCUCACUUAUGUUUCUUGUCAGCUGCACCCAGAGUGAGCGUGACGAGGAAAGGUUUGCUAUGGCUGGCUAUCGUUUUGCAGAGGUAGAACAUGUCAGCGGAAUCAUUGCCUCUCGAAUGCAAAUCAAGUCGUUUGGGGUUAGUGACAAACUGCAUCAAAUGGCUGAGUAUAUUAGCCAGGACAAAGAAACGAGUGCUCAUGUCCGUAUGGGCUUGUUCGCCAUCAGAGCUAGCGUUAAUACGUCCGGUUUUGAUGUCCUUGUCAAGACCUCUGCACGCAACAUCCUCCCUUCAGUUAAUCUGUCUAUGUCCAAACUCGAGCCAUGGCAGAUAGCUAUGGUCAGCCGAUUCAAGGGAAUGUCUACCGUUGCUAUACUGCAGGCUUUGGAAGAGAUCACGAUAUCAACCGAAGGAGAGAUGACGUUUAUCAGCCAGCUCCGGGUCGGGAUCAAUACACUACGGGCAUCAAUCCAGGACCCUCUUAUGGAUGACGCGAUUCUCUCCGAGGAAGUAAUUAAUCUCUCUGGCGGGCCACACGACCGAUCAACCCUCGACACAAUGCUCAUAUUCAGAGUUGUUACCCCUAUUCAUUCCGUUAUCAACAACCCAGAUUAUGAGUACAUCCCUCUCAGCCUUUUCAAAACUCAUCAAUUGGUUCAGAUGCAGGAAUCUCAACUGGCAUUUGUUCAGAGCGUACACCAUGAAUUUGGAUCCUUUCUCGGUGAGGCUUCACUAAGCGAGGAAAGACACCGAGAACCACAUGGCCACAAUGUUCUGGCCAAAUUCAGAACCAAAAGCACACAGAUACACAGCAGAGUGGUAGAAGGCGACGAGGAGCAGGUGUUGAGAAGGAAAUCAUCGACUGGAUCAGUCUCGGCCUCGACGAUAAACAUAUACCAAUCACCAGCAGACAGUACAGGAUCUCAGAUUGGCGACAUCCAGCGGAAAGACACUUCACACGACAUGGUUCGAGACCCAAACUUAGCCGCUCCGUCAUUUGGAGGAAUAGUGGUCUUGCAAGAGAUCAGAAUUAAUGUCGAAAAAAGCACCAAUCAAAGGCGGGAGCUGCAGGAUCCUGUGCAUAGCAUGGCAAUCACAAGUCACAUCUCAGCCUCGUCAGAUAUUGAGCUACAGUCACAGACUGAUGACAAGGCAAUAGGCAUUCAAGUGUCACCGACGUCGCCAGGGGUUAGAAGCCAGAAUACAUUUGUCGAUGUGUUAUUCCAGGAUACUAUAGAAAGUCAAGGGUGGAAAAAGUGA